UGUGGGUCUUCAUUGAUAAAAUCGAAAAUUGCAGAAAUGGGGGCUCCUUUGAGGACAAAGAAAGCAUUUCGGAUCAUCUUUUCUCUCAGUGAAGCAGCCAUCCUUUGGACUGAAGGGAGCUCCUAAUUCUUCUCUUUUCAUCCCCACCCUCUAUUCUACAACUUUUUUAUCUUUUCAGUUUCAGGUAUGCACACUUCCUCUCAAACACUUUUGCAUAGUGAUGCUUCAUGGAUACUGAUCGUUUGUUUGGAUUUAUGGUUAUUUCUUUCCCUCUUCUUUGUUGUUUCUGCUAAGCAAAAUCUCACUGCUCCUGAUAUUUUGAUGAGAGGUGUGAUGAUUUCUGUCUCAACAUAUGGGCUUCUAUUGUCGUGGCUUAAUGAUUCAUAUUUCGAUUCGGCUACAAUAAUGGCAUACAACAAAAUCUGCCUUGCCCAAACGGGAGGGCGACUAACUCGGUGGACUUGGUUGAGUCGCGGUACACUGGUUAAAAAUAGGUACAAGUGUUUAGAGAAUCGACUCAGCCAAGGUACUCGAGUUUUGGCCGAGGCAAAUUACUCGGGAGUGGCACGACAUAUAUCAAGGGAUCGAGAAAGGUUCGUUGACUCCAAACUUUGCUGGUUGAAAGCUAGAAGAUCUUUAUGGGGAAUUGCGCAUCAAAGGAUUUUCAUGCUUAAUUAUACUACAUUUAUAUUUCUAGAUAGUUUUCACUGUUAUGGCCGGAUUAUAAAUGACUUGUUUGUUUUGGAUAAUGAUGAUGCAUUGUUUCAAAAAGCGGACCUCCCUGCAGCUGGGCGGCCGCCUAGGCGGAUAUCUCUGGAACGUGAUAGUGGUGGGAUGAAGGAAAUAGAAUCUCGCGAUGUAGAUUUGAUGGAGAAGAAAUUCUAUAACAUGAAGCGGUCUCACAUGUUUGAAGAGCUCUAUGAAGAGCUCGAAUCUCAGAUUGACAUAAAGGUCGUUCCACCACUUGAGGUUAUUAUUGGGACUUUUCCCAUGAUUGCCAAUGAUAGUAAGAGUGAGCCACUCAUAGUAAGAGUGAGCCACCCAUUGAGAAUGAGCAAAUGA